CGUGCGCACAUCCACACACGCAGACGCAGUACUCGCGCACGAACGCACACGUUAUUAUUGUUGCAAUUUUUUUUUUUUUUAUCAUCUCGUCGCCCCGUGCUUGUAAAUUACUUUACAGACCGAUGCUCGUAGCAUACUAUUUAUAGACGACGACGACGACGACGACAGAAAUUCAUUUCCGGUAAAUCACGGGCGCGAUCCGGAUCCGCGUUGGUGACCACCGGGGUUCGGGACCGUCUAUUGUCUACGUCGUCAUCGUCGCCGAGUGUCAGCAGUCCGGCCGCCGUCGCUUCUCGCUUAUCACGUCACGACACCGCAGCUAUUCUCGACCGCAACCACAACUCAUCGUCGUCGUAGUCGCGUACCCGUCGUCUACUGGUCUAGUGUCGUGUGCCGAAAAUCGCGCGCUGCUGCUGCUGCUGCUGCUCCUGCUGUUGCCCCAGCCAGUCGGUGCGUCUGGUGCGUUCGCGCGUAUUAUUCCACGUUAGAUGGCGAUAAACUUUUAUGGGAAACACAAAAUGGCCGGUGUUAACGAGUGUUUCUCCAUCGGCAGCAUCGUGAUGUGCACCAACUGUUUCGACGAGGAGAUCGAGGGCGAGGUGCUCGGGUUCGAGCCCACCACGAAAAUGCUUAUACUCAGUAUCCUUUUAAUAAUAAUGUAGUAGUCGCAGGUGUAUUUCGUUGUACGCACGGGCACAGGUAUACGGCACAGAUACGCGUGUUUAAUCUGCGGAGUCUUGCCGCGAUGUCGCCGCCCCGUUAUCAACCACACACAUGACACAUAAUAUACACGCGCGCACACCGUUCGGCCGUCGCAGAUAAGCCGCCCCCUAAUCACCCCGGGCCCCGAUUCCGUUCAAACGGAUAGGGUUUCCGUUCGAUUCCGUUGAUCCAUCCGCGGAUGGUUUUGAUCGUUCACGUUUUCUCCACAUCCAAUAGGAUGUGAUAAUAAUAGGUUGUCAAUAGGCAACGUUGUUGUGUCCGUAGCCUUGGGUACUUUUAUGGAUUAUGACUCAUUCGAUUAUGUACAAUGACGCGCCAGCUAACUGCUGACCCUUUAAUUUUAACGUUAUGGAAAACCGUUCGGUAAAAAAUGGCACAACUGGAGAACUGGUGCCGAGUCUCGGCAGAUUUUGGCAUAUUUGUUAUGAAUGGCUUGGACGCCAAUGUAUUAUUGUGCCAUAGCACUUUUGUAGCAUUAAGUUAUUUUUUUUUACAUUGCACCCAAAGUGGUUCAUGAACUAUUGACACAAUGCUGUGCACCUUUACUUUUUUUUCAAUAUCAUUGUUAUCUUCAAUAUCAACAAUAUAAUGAUUGUUGCCACGACCAUAAGAUUUAUAUUAUUAUCAACCUAAAUCCCAUCCAGAAAUUAAAACACAUUAGGUAUAUUUGAAUAAGGACAUAUUAUUGGUAUAAACUAAUUGAUUUGGUAGAUGAGCAGAGGCACAUGUCACCGUUUAAAUUAAAUACCUAUAAUUAUGAUAGCUAUUACUUAACCUAUUAUUCUAAUGUUUCUAACGUUUCCAUUCAUCAUGAGCUAUGUAAUGUUGGCUGACCUGAUUUGUAAUUCCAGUCAGUUAUUAUAAUAUGUGUACAAAUUAUUACCAAGUUUAAAAUGUUUUGUUUUCCAAGAACUUGAUUAUUUAAAUUAUUUAUUUACCACCUACGUAUCUAUUACCUUAUUUAUUAAUUAAAUAUAAAACAGAAUUGCCUAUGUAUAUUUUAAUAUUUUAAAAUAUAUUUUGUUAUAGGAACUGGUUUGAAAAAUAUUAGUAUAUCAAUAAUAUGAUAGUUAACAUUUUAAGCAAUUGUUUAUUUCCUUAAUAUGAAUUAUCAGAAUGUCAAUCAACUAGUAACAAUCCAUUGUUAAACAAUAUUAAUAUAGUAAACUUAGCAUUUGCCAAAGAUGUACAAGUGAAAAAGGAAUCCACUUUUAAUCCACCACCAUUGCCUUCGUUAAAUUUACAGAGGGUACUUAUGUUUUAUUAAUUAUUAUUUUAUCAUUAUAGGAAAUUUAUGUUUGAACCCAUAAUCUUGAUUAUGAUUUGUUACAGUUAAAUAAUAGGAUAAAAACUCAAAUAGAAGAUAAGAAACGUCAGAUAUCAGCUAUGUCUGCCAAUGUUUCUACAGAGGCACAAAAAUUGUAUAUGACUAUAACAAAAACGUAAGUUAUCAUUAUGAACGUGAUAUAAUUGGUUUAAAUUUCUACUUGCUAAUGUUUAUUUUAUAUUUAGUAUUCCAGAAGUAUCUUGGCAAGGGCAGAAUAUUGUUGUAUAUGACCAAGUGAUAAUUAGCCCACCAUACAAAGCUGAAAAUGUUAAAGGCACUGGAAAUCCUGAGGACAAAGCUAUUUUGUACAUAAAAAGUAUCGUAAGUGGACAAUUAAUGUUUUAGUUAAUAAUAUUUAUUUAAUGGUUUAUAUACUAGCUAUCCUAGUAAACACCAACAAUUAAAAAUGUUUACUACAAUAUUUUUUAGCUGUAUUGAAUUUUCAACUUCAUUUUCAAUACUUUAUGAAUUUUUAUUGUGAUUAAUUUAACAAGUAAUAAUUAUCUUAAUUUAUAUAAUUUUAUCAUCAAAAUCCAUCAUUUAUACUAGUUGAACUCUGUAUUGUUCAAAUCAUUGUUAAUAAAAGUUUAAUACAAAUGUACCUAUACAGUGUUUAUCAUUUUUCAAAAUUUAAUUAUUUUAAGUAGUAGGUUUUUGCAUAAAUUAAAUAUGGCAAAACCACUUAUUAGAUAUCUAGUAUUUUGAACAAUUUUUUUCUCGUGGUUUUGUGAACUAUAUGACUAUUAUAGUAUUAAGCAUUAUCUUCGUUAAUAUUAUCCAUUUUAACUUUAGUAUCGUGUUACUGUUGAAAUAAUAUUCCACUAUUUCACUAUAUUAUUUUUAAAAAAAAAGUUUGACAUUUCCUGUAAAUAAAUAGAUAAAUAUUUGAAUAUAUUAUUACAAAUAUUAUAUUUUUAAUAUUUAUUUAUUUUUUACUUUUCUAGGUGGAUAAACAUGUUAAAGAUUCAGCUGGUCAACAAGUUUCUUCCACAACAACACAUCGGAGCAAGUCUGCUGCUGCUGCUGCCGCUGCUGCUGCUGCUGCUGCUGCAGCUGCUGCAGCUGCAUCACAGUCCCAAUAAAGUUUUAUUUUGAUAAAGAAAUUAAAAUUCAAUUAAUAUUAUUUAUUCAUUCAAGUAUAAUAAAGGAAGAGAACCCAAGUAGAAAAUUACAAAUGUUUCAGCAUUAAUCAUCUUAUUUCUAUCAGAUUUAUUUAUUUUUCCUAUCAAAGUUUUAAGCCCAUAUUUUAAUUUAAAAUUAAACUCUUGGAUUCUUGAAACCCUUACCACUUGAAAGUACAUUUUUUUCUUUUUUCUUUUUUCUUUUAUAUUUUUGUAUUGGAAAGUUAUUAUUUAAUGAGUUAAAAAUAUGUUUUCGAUUAUAAAAAUAAAAAAUAAAAUAACUAUAUUAUAUUGAAAAUUUAUUUUAAAAAAAAUUUCAACAAAAUAAAGACAUUUUUAUAAAAGAAAUUAUAAUAUCUAAUCUAGAUAAAAACAUUUCUCAUACUAUUUGUCGUUAUUAAAGAAUAAGAGUUUUCACUGUCAUAAAAAAAAAAAAAAAAAAUGUAAAAUUAAAUAUUUUGAUUUGUAUAAAAAUCCAAAUUUACGGGUUAUGCGGCGCCAAAUUACAUCCUCGUACACUAUAUUGUUAAUUUAUUUAUAUGCUGUCGUUGAGUAGAAAUAAAUAAACAAAUUUGCUGUGAAAUAUUAAAUAAUAAUGGUAACUAUAUACUAAUUAAAAAUUAAUGUUUUACUUAACAUUGAUGCAUUCCAAUUAUCUUCAAAAAACAUAUUUUUUCCAAGUUAAGUGCGCAGUUUUUUUGCAACAGGUCUCUGGUAAUAUUUAAGAUUAUAUAUAUUUCCCUUCCUAUUUUUUAAUAUUGAAUUAGAGUGGUGAUGUAAAUGAUAAUCUAUGAAAUUGCUAAGCCCUAGAAAUAUGUAAAUGGGAGAGAGAAAGUAAGGUGACAAUUUUUAAACUUUCUGUCCUUUAUAUUAUUUCAAAUUAUUUAUUAAGGUUAGGCGUGUUUUAGUGAUGCAAUUUUCAGAAUAGUUCUAUUUGCUACUUGGUUGGUUACUUGUCAAAACAUUUUGUUACGGUAUAAUAUUUUUUGUUAUAUAAAAUGGAUAACUUGAUUGAAUGAUAGUUCUUAUCAAUAGAUUAUUAGUAACCGAAAAUAGUAUAUGUAGUUUUCAUUUAUUUGUUAAUUCUGGCAACCCAGUUGCCAAAAAAAUGCAUUCAGCUAUCCAAUAACUACAGUAAAUAAUGUCACCAAAUAGUUUGUUUGAUAAAAUACCAACUGGUUGCUUAAAACUGCAUCGUUAAAACAUGCCUAUUGGUAAUAAUUACCUCAUUUAUAAUAAUAUGGGGUGUGUUUUUACACAUAUAUAAUAUUUUUUACAUAUUAUAUUAAUGAGGGAUUUUACUUGAGAAAAAUCAGAAAGUUUUAUGAAAUUAACAGUUUUAUUAUUUUUGAUUUUGUUGUAUACAAAUGUUUAUU